AUGUCUUUGCAGAUGCUCAUCGUCUCGCUCCGUUACGGCUGCACGGACGGAAAGCCGCCGCCUUUGGUUCGGAUCAGGCUGACUUUGAUAGUCUGCUCCCCGCUCUGGAGGUCUGGGCGCAGCAGCUCCAGCUGCUGGAGAUGUCCCGCCACCAGGAGACCAGGACCAGGACCGGCACGCCGCUCCAACUCCGGCUCUUCACUCCUUGCGCUCACAUGUCCAUCACACCGGAAGCUGGCGGCCACCCAUCACAAAAGAAGGAUCACGGCGCAGUCGGCAGGCCUCAGCUCUGACCGCCGCCUGGAACACACAUCACCUGGAACCCUCCACCUCCUCUUUGGCGCUCCGCCCUCCCAGGUCCAACUGACCAGACCGGACGCCGCGGGACACACAUCUGCUGUCGGAUGUCGGUUUGGCGCUCAGAGUCGUAGGAAAGGUCAGCGGACUGCGUCUUCUGGCCAUUGUACACGUAACAGCCCCCCACUCCCUCCAUCUCAGAGGCGACUGCAGCGUAGAUGGUGGUGGAUGCUCCCUCUGCCGGAGUCUGAGGAGGACAAACAUGAAGAAAAAGGACUUUACAACCUGUUAGAAAAUCAGCAUGUGAAUGAGUCUGGGCCAGUCGGCAGGAGGACGCUUCUGGGUCUCCCAGGGUGCCUCGCUCUUCAGCUCUGUGCGCUCCACCACCCGCUCCACCGAGGUCAUCUGAGGACAUAAAGAGGUUGAUUGAGUCCCCGCACCGACCCUCCGGCCUCCGGCUCUGACUCGACCCCCCCGGACCGGCGGCUCCGUCCUCACCAUGUUCUCCACCUCCGCGCUCUGCCUCACGCUCCACUGGAAGUUUCCUAUCAGCGUCACGGCGUAGGUCAGCACGAGCCCCACCUCUCCGGCCUCAAGCCCUGACACACACACAUGAAGACAAAGACAUGUUGAUACAGGACAUUUUUACAUUUUGAUGUUUUAGUAAGUAAACAAACAAACAAUGUUGUGCCCUUAAACUUCCACCGGAUGUUUGAAGAAACACAAAGAGGCUCCAAAAAUAAAACAACCAAUAACUACACAAACACUGAUUUCUAACAACAACAACAACAACAACAACAUAGUAUACUGUCUCGUCAUUACCUUUGGUAAAUAAGCACUAUUGUGAAUUGUGUAAUGUAGUUACCUGUCAUGCCUCCUUAGAUA